CUGCCGCCACUGCCGCCACUGCGGCCGUCACCACCGCGACUGCUCCUGCCACUGCCACCAGUGCCGCGACCAGCCAGUCCAGGAUGGAGAACUUCAGGAAGGUCAAGACCCUGGAAGAAGAAAGCUCCGUACCUUUUUUGGACUUGCCUUCCAACGUGGUGGAGAUGAAGGUGAAGGAAGGCAGCAAAAUCCGGAACUUGAUGGGCUUCGCCAUGGGCAGGAUGGAGUUGGCGGACACGCGACAGAUUGUCUUCAGGGGUUACGGCCGGGCAGUCACCAAGACAAUCACCUGCGUAGAGAUCAUGAAGAGGAAGCUUGGGGGUCUCCACCAGGUCACCAAGGUACAAUACAAAACUCUGCUGGAGGUCUGGGAGAACAACGACCCCCAGGUAGAAGGCCAAGUGGAACAUCUCACCGUCCACAAGAACGUCCCUUCCAUCUGCAUCCUGCUCUCCAAAGACCCGCUGGAUCCCAACCAGAUGGGUUACCAGCCCCCCGAUUCCCCCAAAGGCUUCUGGCCGGAUGAAACUAGCAGCCAACAAGAUGGAUCGGGUGCUUCCCCAAAAGGCAUGAAGAGGAGGUUGGUGGUACCCUACAGAGAGGAUCGGGUGAACAAGAAGGCACCGGUGCAAACACUCCAGGAGAACUUGGGGGUGGUGAUGGGCUGUGGACCCUGACAGCAUCCCAGUCUUGCGCAACUGAGACAAAAACCCAAGCCAUAUGUCACUUACACAGGGACCACUGGUUUGUGUGGAGGCACAGAGAGAUGUU